AUGGAUUUGAAGGAAAGAAUAUUUUGUCUUCUCUCUUUUGCAAUUUCCAUUUUACUUGGUCUUUUUUUCCCUUCAUCUGUUGAUUCACUGUGCAAUAAAAAUUUAGUAAUUAUAAAUUUUGGAGAUUCAAAUUCUGAUACAGGUGGCUCUGUUAUAGUACGUGGCAUGAUCGGACAACUUCCAAAAGCACGCACCUUUAAUCAUGAUUUAGCUGGUCGAAUGUGUGAUGGCAGAUUAAUUAUUAAUUUUCUAUGUGAAAGUGUGGGAAAUGAGUAUUUAACUCCAUUUAUGGAGUCAAUAGGCACAAACUUCAAAAAUGGUGUUAAUUUUGCUAUUGCUGGUUCUAAAACUCUUCCAAGAUUAGUUUCUUUCAAUUUGCCAAUCCAAAUUGCCCAAUUCCAUCGGUUUCAAUCUCUUUCUCUUGAGUUAUUUGACAAAGGUGAUGGAAAUUUACUAGGAGAUGAAGAUUUAAGGAAUGCACUUUACACAAUUGAUAUUGGACAAAAUGAUUUGGAUGGAAUAUUUGGUGGUCUCUCAUAUGAAAAAGCUAGCCUCAAAAUUCCUGAUAUCAUUUCUGAAAUUGAAAAUGCUAUAAAGGCAAUUUAUGAACAAGGUGGAAAGUAUUUUUGGGUACACAAUACAGGGCCAUUAGGGUGCUUGCCUAAAUCACUUGCAACUUAUAAGAAAUAUGAGAAUGAUUAUGAUGAGCACGGAUGCUUAGUUUCUCUAAAUGAAGGUGCAAAAAUAUUCAAUGACAAACUACAAUUCCUUUGUGAAAAAUUAAGAGAUGAAUUGAAGAAUAUCACCAUUGUGUAUGUUGAUAUCUUCUCCAUCAAAUAUGAUCUCAUUGCCAACGCUUCUGGUUAUGGUAAGUCUCUGUUUCUUUCCUCAUAAAAAAAACAUAUACUAGUAUAUAAUGAACUAAUAUACAUGUUAGAAAUUUUUAAAAGAACUAUAUUUAUACUGAGGAUUUUAAGUUAUAUACACUGACAAUAUUACAUGAUCAGUAUAUUUUAACAUAUUAUAAUAUGUUGGUUGCUAUUUUAUCUAUUGUGUAUCAAAGAGAUUUACUGCUUGUUCGGCCAAGUUUCUAAGAAAUCAAAAGUUCUUAUUUUAGA